AAGAGAUGCGUGCGCUUUCCUCGAUUUUAGUAAAUUUCAUCCAGUAACCAUGUGUGUUGCCAACAGAGACGUUAGACACGAUUGAAAUUUCGCCGACUAGCCCCGUAUAGCCGUAAGAGAGGUGUGUAAGAGUGUUGCAUAGGGGGUUCCGAUUGUCACUUGUCAGUAUCGUGCGUGUGUGUGCUGCUGCGGCCCGAAAAAAUGGGCCGUACGACCGGGGGUUCUCCCUCGGGCUAACCAAUUUUUUUUGUGGGCCACGGAAAUAGGCCAUGGCCUUUUUGAUAACGGCUUGGACCACCCUGCUGUGGCUAGCCUCAGCAACUGGAUUUGACCCGACUAAACCAUUUUACAUUCCGAAUCAAUCCAUAGACCUGCUGGUUGCUCUGGGAGAAUACAACAAGAGUUGGUUGGGAGUAGAAAGGAUAGACAGUCCGGCCCCCCUCGACCUGAUCAACACCUUCACGCAUACAAGGUUGGCCUAUGUAUUAGAAGGUGACAAUCGAGAUCUUAGAUUACCUCCAUCAGCUUUUAGGCAGGCUUCCGACUUUUUAAUUUCUUCUACGGAAUUUACAAUCGUUGCUAUGUUAAAACAAGUCCCUGGGAAUCCCGGAACCAUCAUUUCAUUUUCACACGGUGUUAAUAGCUCUCUAGAACUCCAAUCCAGCGGAAGACACAAUCAGCUUAGGUUAUAUUAUACAAACGGGUCCAAAGUGUACGUCGAAACGUUUCCAUACUACUUGGCCGACGACAACUGGCACAAAGUCGCAGUUUCGAUAAGCGGCUUGCAAGUGGAAGUUUUAGUAGAUUGUAGAUCGUUAUUUAAGAGGAUGUUGAAACCAGUUAUGCAGGAUAAGAGUUUCCCUAAGCCGCCGCAUCUGUGGAUUGGACAAGGGGUUAGCCAAAGUUAUUUUAAGGGUAUUCUAGAUGAACUGAAACUAAUUCGAGGCCCCCACGGUUAUCUGUCAUCAUGCCCGCACGUGGAUUCGAUGUGUCCCACCUGCGGCCAAUUCGUCUUGUUGCAGAAUACCGUUCAGGAGCUAACAAGGCAUCUUCAGGAACUUUCCGAAAGGUUAGUGCAAGCUGAAAGUCGUAUAACUAAAGUAGAAGAAUGUGAUUGUCAUAAAUCUUGCCAUUACAAUGAUUCCGUUUAUGAAGAUGGAGCAAAAUGGCAAACUGGCUGUGAUUUGUGUUCGUGUGUGCAUGGUGAGGUAAAAUGUCAGCAUGUGGAAUGUCCUAAGAUAAGUUGUAAACAUCCAGUAAAUAAGAGUGGGGAAUGUUGUCCGAGUUGUUUAAAGGAAUGUAUGUUUCUCGGAGUAUUUUAUGAUCAUGGGGAGGUGGUAACGAUAAAGAAGUGCACCGAAUGUGCUUGCCACGAUGGAAAUAUGAAGUGCAAUAGAAUAAAUCCAGCUACAGCGUGUCCAAAAUUAAAUUGUCCUCCCGAAGAGCAGUUCAACGUAACUGAUCAAUGUUGCAUGUUUUGUCCAGAUAUCGACGAAUGCCAACAAGAAGGCGGCCUCUACGGCCACCACUGUCACCAGAACACAAGGUGUGUCAACACUCCCGGCUCGUACGUGUGCGAAUGCCUUUCUGGCUACAGAAGGAUAGACAAGUUCAAUUGCGCCGAAUUGGACGAAUGUAGCACGGGAGAACAUAACUGUGAUGUAAAUGCCGAGUGCAUUAAUACUCAAGGAAGUUACCAUUGCGUGUGCAAGCAAGGCUACACCGGCGAUGGGUAUUCUUGUCAACCCAUUUGUAGACAAAAAUGCCUCAACGGAGGCAUUUGCAGUAGUCCAGGCAAAUGCACGUGUCCCAAUGGUUACACGGGUCACAGCUGCGAGCUGGACUUGGACGAAUGCGCUACAGAUACGCAUAGAUGUACAAAUACUUCAAUGUGUGUAAAUAUGAUAGGCUGGUAUUACUGUGAAUGUAAAAACGGAUAUCAGAAUCCUUCUAAAGACAAUAAUUUAGGAAUAAUUUGUAAAGAUAUUAAUGAAUGUAAUAGUGAUCUUCACACGUGCCACCCUUCAGCUCAAUGUCUAAAUACAGACGGAGGGUUUCGGUGUGAAUGUUCUAGCAACAGACCUAACUGUAAGUUAAGUUGUAUGUUCGAAGAUAGGGAAAUACCUCACGGCAUGAUCACCUCACCGAGAGACCAUCCAUGCCGAGAAUGUAAAUGCGAAAGGGGUGUCAUGACAUGCGAAUCAAUCAAGUGCAAUUGCAGUCUGCCAUACAUGGACGAGAACCCCUGUUGUCCACAAUGCAACGCCAAGCAUUCUUGUCGCCAUCAAGAACUCUCUGGAGUCAUACUGAAGCACGGUGAUAAGUGGUCAUUUCAGUGUCAAACAUGCGAAUGUCAGCAUGGCGAAAUAGAUUGCUGGCCCAUGAGGUGUCCGCCGACGUUUUGUGACAACCCAGUAAAGAAUCCAGAAGAUUGCUGCGGUCAUUGUGAAGAUAACCCCUGCUCCCUGGCUACAGGAAACUCCUCGGCCUCGGGUCAAUCAUGCACCUACAGAGGCCGCAUCUACCAGUCGGGGUCGCAGUUUUCAGACCCCAAAGACAGUUGCACUACUUGCAAUUGUAAGGUGCCGUACUGCGCAGAACUGGUGAGCAAUGUCGCGUGUUGUGUGCAUCGGUAAUCACUCUCUCACACUCCUAACUACACUCAAUACUCGAACGAUAAGUUUGAGUCGGCG